UUUCUGACAACCAGCUGUCAGUGAAUUUAUAUCUUUAAUUUGUGGAUUUUUUGUUUUGCAAUUUUAAAGGACGACUAAAUUUUCUGCAAUGGCUGGACGCGAAGCUGUAAAACGAGCCGUACAACAAGUUCGCCCAAUUCUAUCCGUUGAUCGGGAGGAAGCAAGAAAACGUGCCCUCAACUUGUACAAGGCAUGGUAUCGCCAAAUUCCCUACAUCGUUAUGGACUAUGACAUUCCCAAAUCUGUUGAGGAAUGCCGUGCUAAGCUUCGAGAGCAAUUCAUCAAGCAUCGCAGUGUUACAGACAUUCGUGUUAUUGAUAUGCUCGUGAUUAAAGGUCAAAUGGAACUGAAAGAAUCCAUCAACAUUUGGAAACAAAAGGGACACAUCAUGCGGUACUGGAAAGAAUCCGAGGAACCAAAACCAACAGACUUUCUGUCGAAAUUCAUUUCAGGACAUAAUUAAGAUUUUCUCUGUAUGAAUGCUAAUGUCAGAGAGUAACGAAAUUAGAAUAAUCAAAGAGUAA